AUAGAUAAUACACUAUAUUUGUAAUUUAUAUACUAGAGAUAAGAGAGACGUCAUUACCAUUAGUCAGUUAUCACAUAACAGUACUCAGUACCUAUCCGAAGUCCGAACUCGACUAUUUUUUUAAUGAAUAUUAAUUUUUAAUAGAUACGAAACAAAUUAUUUUAGUAAUAAUAAAUCUUUGUUUUGAUUUGGCAUAAGUGUAACGCAAAAUAUUAAAUCUCUAUUAAUACAAUAAUUUUAUCCAUCAAAGAAAACUUUUUGUUUUUGUAAAGGUUUGUUCUAUACUUCUAUAGCCUUGAUCACUCUUCACAGUUUACACUACACAGCAAUCAGCAAUAUGACUUUAAAAUUGUACUUUGACCUGAUGUCUCAGCCUUCCAGAGCUUUGUAUAUUUUGUUAAAAUAUGCAAAAAUUGAUUUCGAACCUAAGCUAGUAGAUUUACGAAAAGGUGAGCAUUUUACUGAUGAGUAUGCAGCCGUAAAUAGACUGAAAAAGGUGCCAGUAAUUGUCCACAAUGAUUUCACUCUAACUGAAAGUGUUGCCAUUGUAAAGUAUCUGGCAAGAGAAAAUCUGAUACCAGAGACAAUAAGUCCAAAAGAGAGCAAAGCUCAAGCCCGACUAGAUGAGUUUAUGGCUUGGCAACAUAUUGGACUAAGAUUGCAUACAAGUAUGUUUUUUAGAGUCAAGAAUUUGGAACCAUUAAUGACCGGACAGCCUACUGAUCCAAAAAGACUGCAAAGAUAUGAGCGGAACAUGAUUUCUGCUCUUGAGGAGUUUGAUACUAAAUGGCUAGGGCAUAGUGACUUUGUUGCCGGUGACAGAAUUACCGUUGCAGACCUGUUAGCUGCAUGUGAGCUGGAGCAGCCAAGGAUGUCAGGCUUUGAUCCGGCAUUAAAAUACAAAAAUAUAGCAGCCUGGUGGAUAAAAGUGAGACAACAUUUCAGUCCAUAUUAUGAAGAGGCCCACAUUAUUCUCAAUAAGAUUGUGCAAAAGAAUAAUGCUGCCAAGUUGUAGAUACUAGCUUUAGUCUAGACUGAACAAUAUCCACACAAAAUUUUCAAUCGCCUUCUAGCUCUUUAACUCUUGGUAAAGCGACCAAUGUCUGUAUUUUUACUGGAAAUUAGUUGUUACUGCCAUUGCAGAAGAGGAGGAAUUUAAUCGGUUUGCUUUGAUUUUAAAAGUCAGAAUUGUGUUAAGACAGUAAUUUGUCAAGUGAAUGGUGCUUGUGAAUUUCUUCGAUUAUUCUUUUUGUUUAUGUAUCUGACAUUACAAAAGUUACUUCAGGUAUGAAAUCAAUUCAGUACAAGUUAAUUCUGUUACUGAUCACCGGGCGCGAACCAAACCCGUCGGUGUAUACUUCACUUUAGACCGACUAUGGAGGAGGUUUUGGGAGUUCUUUCUUCCUUGAUCCUGGCACCUAGCUUACAAUGUGACCUGGUGUUUCAUUAUUUUCACCAAAGCACCAAAUUAGUAAACACCAUGCACAUGCUAUGCUUGUUCCGAAAAAAAGAUGAUGUAGACGAAUCCAAUUUUUAGAAAGACCAACUCUUCAGUUUGUCUAAAAUAAGAGUUUUUUUUCUUUAAGACAUAUUAUCGUAUUCCAGUGUGCUUUGGAUAUAUAGUGUUUUUUAAAUUAGCAAGAUUAAUAAUUAAUCAAUGAAUUUGAAUAGGUAUUUUUUUUACUUAUAAAAUAUUUUGCUAUAUAUAUUUUUAGAUAAUUAAUCUAUUACUAAUGGUGAAUCAUUCCAUUAAAAGGUAAGGCAACUAAAUAAGACUUUAAAUUAAAUUUUAGGUAGGUAUUUAGAUUUUUUUGGGAUAUAAGUGGUAUAAUUACUAAUAUGGAGAUGGCUGUGUAUCUUGGGUUCGUUAAAACGCAAUUAAUCAUCAAAAGUAAAGCCAACGAAACGAGAUAAAGUUAAAAUAGUUAAAAUUUAUUAAUAUUUAAAUUAAUAUUUAUGGGACGUAACUCCAUAGGCCAAAUCGUAUAUGGUAUAACAAAUUUAAAUUUCUCCUACAGAAUUGACAAUAAAAUACUGGUAAUUGUCGGUUGUGUUUUAAAGUUAGGUAAUAUAUUGAGCUUUGUGGUGAAAGCUAACUUCUUAACUUUUAAGGCUGCAUCUAGUGACCGUCGGUCAUCGAGAGUUCCAUACGCGCUAACCAUGUUGCGUUUAGUGCUCAGCUGACAGCAAACUUGAUUGCGCGUAAUUUUUAACCUUUUUAAUAUGUGCAUAAUACUUAACGCAAACGAUUAAGGAAUGAAUGACGGAGAAGAUAUCAUGUUUACCCAAUUAUUAUAGAUCGUCAAAUUGAAGAAAAUAUUUAUAUAGUAUAUUAUUCGAAAUUGCCAGAACAUGAUAUCUUUGAUGACGAUAGGGUCGAUCGCUCGGUCAGCGCGGCACUGAACUCGCUACGUACGUACAUAGACGUACGUCGGACCGACGAGCUCGACCGACGGUUCUCGUCAGCGCGACGUAGCUCUACGCGCGUAGCAAUUCAUCAGCGCUGUACUGAACGCGUUCAUGUAUUUUCAUAGAUAUAGCUACACUCGACCGACGUCAGGGCUGACCGUCGGUCGAGCACUAAAUACAGGCUUAGUGUUUCUCUGGUUGAUGAAAUCAGUAACUAAACACACACAAAGGCAUAUUUCAAACAAAACCCAGCACUUAAAUGCAUGUUAUGUCUACCAACUGUUAGGGUGAUGACAUAGUAUUGACAACAGCAGGCUGCACCUCUGCGAAACUUCAGUGACUGUUACCGUUUUUGAUUGACAAGUCGUAAACUGUUAGCCAUGCUUGCUAGCUUAAUCCAGACAUUGUCAAAUAUAAUUGGUCACUUGUAUAUUCUAAGUCCAUGGAACUUAUAGCUUUUCUGCACCUACCAAAAAUAUAAAAUUUUGUGAAAGAAUCUGAAUUCGUGCAAUAUAGGUACUUUAAUUUAAGAAAAAGGGGGAAUAGACGAUGUAGAAUUAUAUAUAUUUAUUUACUAAUGUGUCAUUCUCUGUAUACGGAGUUGUAAAAUGUAAAUGUUAAAGCACAGAUAUAUUGUAAUAAUUAUAUUAUAUUUGUUAAUUCUGUUUUUGACAGAAAGAGAUUAGAAAAGCAUAUUUUUAUACCUAUAAUAAUAAUAUUAAGUAAAUAUAUUUUGAGAUCCGAUUUUUAAUAAAGUUAUUUUUAUAGUAAUGAUGUUUUUGGUAUUGUUGAAUAAAACGUUUUUAUGGGAAUA